UCUUCUUCAAUAGAGACCUUCAUUUCCACAGAGCCAGAGAGAGUGAGAGCGAGAGAGGGAGGAGCUCGCCGGCGGUGAUUAGGGCUUGGAUCCAGCUUGCCGGAGGCAUUGAGAUCUGGUGGAGUUGCGGCAAUGGCGGCUGGAGCGGAGAGGAUAGACUUCGUGUUCAAGGUGGUGCUGAUCGGGGACGCAGCGGUGGGAAAAUCGCAGAUCUUGGCACGGUUCGCGAGGAACGAGUUCACCAUCGAUUCGAAGGCCACCAUUGGCGUCGAGUUCCAGACCCGCACUGUCGUCAUUGAUCACAAGUCCGUCAAGGCCCAGAUCUGGGACACCGCCGGCCAAGAAAGGUACAGGGCUGUCACAAGUGCAUACUAUCGAGGCGCUGUCGGGGCCAUGCUUGUUUACGACAUAACCAAGCGUCAAAGCUUUGACCACAUUGCAAGGUGGCUGGAGGAACUGCGGGGACAUGCUGACAAGAACAUCGUGAUCAUGCUGGUUGGUAACAAGAGCGAUCUAGAGGAGCAACGAGCUGUACCCGUGGAAGAUGCAAAAGAAUUCGCACAGAGGGAAGGUCUCUUUUUCCUAGAGACAUCAGCAUUGCAGGCCACUAACGUUGAAACUGCUUUUCUCACUGUACUUACCGAGAUCUUCAACAUUGUGAGCAAGAAGAGCCUGGCAACUCAGGCCAAUACCGACGCACCAGCAGCACCUCCCUCGGGGAAGAAGAUUAUAAUCCCGGGUCCUGCACAGGAGAUCCCGAAGAACAAAAUGUGCUGCAGGGCGGCCUGAUUUCACAUUCUUUUCUUGCAACACGGUUUUGAUUCAUCGUUUACUUGCAAGCUUUGUGAUAGCUGUAUUACAUAGAUUGAUUCGGUAAUGCACUAGUAUAUUUUUCAGAGGGAGUGGAUUGUUGAACGUUGGAAACUUGAGGACAUUCUUAUAUUUUGCAAUUGCAAUUGAGAUAGAAAAAGGUCUUCUGUGAUGUUGAUGUUAUUGUGUUCAUAUGUCAAUUGUUUUGAACAUCUGCUCUGAUGUUGAGAGAGGCUUAUCAAUUCGUUGAGCUGUAGAAAUUCUUA